AUGGCUUCCCAGAGCCGCACUCUUCCUGUGAUCGUGGCCUUCGCCUGCUGCGCCGCUGUGCUGCGCAGCUUCUGGGGGCCAAGCGAGCAGACUUUCGUGGCACCCCAGCAGAGCGUGCACCUCGGCUGCCAGGCUUUGUCUGGUGGUGCCCUGGCCUCCGGCAAUGUGCCUGCGAUUGUCAACACGGUGCCAGCCCGUCCCGGUGUCCCUGCGCACUUCAAGGUGACUCUGGAGACCCCUGAUGGCACCCAGUCUUUUGAGUGCCCGGAGGACGUGUACGUCCUGGAUCAGGCUGAGGAGGAGGGCUUGGAGCUGCCUUACUCCUGCCGCGCUGGCUCCUGCUCCAGCUGUGCCGGCAAGGUCCUGGAGGGCAGCAUCGACCAGAGCGACCAGGCCUUCUUGGAUGACGACCAGACCGGCGAGGGCUACUGCCUCACCUGCGUGACGUACGCCACCUCCGACGUCACCAUCAAGACUCACUGCGAGGAUGAGCUGUAG